CAGAAUACAAAUAGUGUUUAUUCUGAAAGGGGCUCAGUAAUUUACUUUUGAUACUUUAAUACUAUUUUUUGCCUCAGUAAAACUUUUAAUGCAGAAAUUUUACUUGUAUUAAAGUAUUUAAACAUUGUACAGUCACUACUGAUGCAACUUUGUGCAGAUAAAUGUGAUUCUUCACUUUUAUUUUAAGUUUGCAGCCUGUACAGAGGCCUGAGAGUCAGAGCUGAGAAGUGCUGAUAUUGUGUGGCACUCUGCAGCCUGUUGCUCAGCCUUAAUUGAUGGCCCAUCAAGGGGAGGGGCCACACCCCCCCCCACACUCACACACCUAGGCUGCUCGUGCCUGUGAACCUGUGAGCAGGGCAAACUGCCCAUCCCCCACCUCAGCAGCCCUGCAUGUGCUCGCUGAGGCAGCAUGACGAGCGUGGAAGGAGUUUGGAAAGAGUCAAGAGGAGAAUACAGCAAUUAAGACUGCAUCACGACUGCAACUGCAGAAGAGUUUUUUUUCAAAGAAUUUGUCAGCAAGUCCUGAUUCUGACACAAUGACUGGGAGGCCAACACAAUUGGACAGUAUCCAUGAGGAGUCGGACGGUGAAUUUUCCAGCCUUACAGGACCAGACCCAGACUACAAUCCAGCUCAGAGUGAAUUAUCAUCUAGUGAUGUGGAUGUGAUAAACCUGGAUAAACCUUCAUCAUUUAAGGAAUCAUCUAGUAAUGAAGCUGUUGAAGGUCCAGAUACAGAUUCAGGAGAAGACAAAGAUCAACAAACAGGUGAAAGUCCCACAUCAACUUAUGACAUUGGUCCACAGAGGAAAGGAAUCCCAAGCAGAGAGGAAGUUGAUGUUGAAAAUCCCAUGUCACCUUCUGAGACUGUCCCACAAGAAGGAAGAAAAAGAGCCAGAGAGGUGGAUGAUGAUGGAUGUCUUGACCUGUUCUCCCCCAGAAAGAAAUUAGACCCCUGCAAUGAGGAUGAUCAGAGCCCAGGAAUAAGCCUUAGUCAGAGGCUUCCACCGAGGAUGAGAAGAAGAAAACAGAAAAAGGCAGAGAAACAAAUAGAUAAGUUCUAUGAAGGUUCUGACCUCUUCUGCCCUGAAAAGACAGUUCACCAGAGUAGUGAAGAUGGGAGUUCAGAUAGAGAUGAUCAGAGGUCAGGAAAAAACCUGGUUACACAGAAGAAAAAUAAAAAGAAAAGAGAAAAACAGAUGGUGAAAGGAAAAGAGCCACUCCAAGCUACAGUGAGGAGACCAUGGAGUGAAGCAGAAAGGAUGGCAGUGGAAAAGCACCUGGGAAACUUUUUGGCAGAGCAAAGAGCUCCUUGGAAGAGGGACUGUCUGCGGGCUAUACAAGCUGAGAAGGCCCUGAGUGAAAGGUCAUGGAAAAGUGUCAAAAACUAUGUGUCCAACAAAAUUGUAACUUUAAAUCUGAAAAAGCUGAAGUAUGAAGGACUGGGGGUGCACCAUUUCGAUCCAUAG